AUGAAUCGAGUUUUUACAUGGGAAUUAACUUCAGACGAUAAUUCAACAUACUGGGAAGACAACAAUCAUGAUCUCAGCCUCUGCUUGACGUAUUCAAGAGAAAAUGGGAAAAAAUUCGUGAUCGAUAUAGAGUUUAUUGCAGGAAAUCCCAAAAACAUCUACAUCGAAGGAAGGCUUUACAUGCAGGUUCCAAACAACCAGUAUUUAGAAAUCGGUCGUCUUUUACCUCUUUUUUAUAAUUGUAAAUACCCCGAACACAAAGAGAUUUCAACAGAUAAAAUGCUUAUGUUUAAUCCUACGAACAAAUACUUAUUUAAAUAUUACAUUACAGAAACGAGACACCCCGUUCCUAAGGGUUUAGAAAAUAAGCAUAACCUGUGUUACUUCAAUGCCGCUAUUCAGCCAUUGGUUAACAUCCCUAUCUUCCGAAAAUUCAUAUUCGACAUUCCAAUUGGUGAUCGCAGCCUUGCAGAUAACGUUGUUUUAAGUCAAUUACAGCGGUUGUUUGGUCUGAUGCAAAUUUCUCCAUUCCAGACACACAACAUCAACGACUUAGCUGCAUCGUUCGGCUGGGGCCAAGAUUUCAAGAAUUAUCGAGCAGAUUCAAUCGAAUUUCUUGAUUAUUUCUUUGAUCGUCUCAAAAUUCUUCUUCUAAAGUACCCGGAAAGCAACAGAAAAUUCUACGAUCUGAUCAAUACAGUCUACUCAAAUGAUACACAGUGCAUUUUUCAACCAAUAAUUCGAACUACACUUAAAGGAAAGACAUUGGCAGAAUCUGUCCAAGGCUUCUUCAAUGAAGAGAACAAUACCAGGCGAAUCGAGAAGCUACCAAUGAUCUUUUUCGUUCAAUUAGUUUAUGAUGAUUCUCUUGUCAGAACAUUCUCAUAUUCAACUAUUUUGGACUUGAAGCCAUAUUGUUCCAAUCAAGACCAAGUGGCCAAAUACAAGCUCAUUGGCUUCAUUGUCUACAAAGCACCGCAUUAUCAAGCAAUAGUUGUUAAUGAAAGCGGUCCUUUCAACAGAUGGUUCAACCUUUCAGACGAGUACGUUCGAGAAAUUGAGAAACAAACGAUCAUUAACUACAAUACUCCAGAAUCAGGUUAUGUCCGGUUAUUUAUCUUCGCUAGAACUUCAAAUUACAAGGAAAUCAUGACCGAAAUACCUGAUUCUGCCGUUCCGAAGGCAAUCCAUGACGAAAAAAACAUGUCAAUCAGUUCAUAUUACUUCAAAAACCAUAAAUCCUUUGGAUACUACACUAACGAAGAUCUAAUUGAAGUCUGCAAGUCAGGUUCAUGCAAGAUAUCUGAGAAAUUCAUUCACAGAGUCGAAGUUCCAGAAGAAUCAAAUGAAUAUCUCAAAUAUUUGAAAGAAGACCUUCAGAAACGUGGCCUUGAUAUUGAUCAAGAUGAAAUAUCAUGCUGGAUGACCGACAGAACAAACCAUUUACCAUUAUAUAAAAUUAUUUCAAUGGUCGACUACAAUCAACAAGUUGUUUUCGUUAUUCCCAACAAGUCAGAGCCAAUCCUUCAAGACGAAACAAAAACAAACAGAAUUUUAUUUUUCAUUUUAUAUUCUGCGAUUACGAACGAUUACAAGUACAUGGGAUUCGAAUUCUUCCAUGAAUCAUCAACACUAUCCGAUAUACGAUCACGCGUUUCUACUCUUUUGAAUGGCUGUAAUACAUAUAGAUUAUUUUAUAAGAACAACAGCUAUUUAGAAGAGUUAUUACCAGAAUCUGAACAAAUGGUCAAAGAUUUCGUAUCCAAAUCGUUCUUUUACGUUCAGAUUUACUCUGAUGAAGAAAGAUCAGCUUCUCCGAUCAAAUCCCAGCCAGAACUCGACUUCAUUAAGAUCGAUGAUCUCUGUCCAUGCAUUCUUUCAUCAGUAUCCAUGAUGAAAAGUGCAAUUACGAUUAAUUUCGUUGAUUUUUACGGUCAUACCGUUCCAUUGGCCAUUCCUCGCACUUUUACAUUCCAAAAGUUGCGAAAAUAUGUUCCAAAGGCAUUCAAUUCCUUGAUUUCCCAAAACAACGAAGAAAAAGAAGACGAUGAAGAGAAAAGUGUUGUUACAAUUGAUUUCAUGUUCAAAGAUCCACGAAUCAUGCGUCCAUGCGGGUUAAUCAUUCCUCCCAAUUACGAAGUCACUCAUUUCCCACAGAAUUCCACCGUAUUCUUCUCCAAACAGAGAUUGAUGCAGAAACAUUUCCUUUUCAUCAUCGAAAUCGUGAAAGAUCCAUUUAAUCCAAUUUUCAGAAGAAUCCAAAUCAUGAGUGGUACAGAUAUCGGAACAAUUGUUAAUAAAUUCCAGGAAGAAGAGCCAGGACUUGUUCCAGAUCAUAGAUUCUAUUUACUUCGCAAAUGGAACAACACAUUUUCUAUAAACACUGAGAAAUCAAAGAUCAGAACAGAAAUGACAGCUAUUGGAAAGAGUUCAGUUCUUGAGAUUAUUUCUCUUUCUCAUACACCUAAUGAAGAUGAAAUUGUUCUCAGAUGUUUUGUUUGUUUCUACGGAUUGGAUGGAAUCACCACAAUUCCAUCAUCAGAACCAUUCUGUGUCAUUGUCAACAAAACAGACGGAAAUUCUGAAAUCAAAACAAAGAUUUCUGAACAUUUACAAGUUAAGAAAGACUGGGAAUUCAAAGUUGCAUUGUUUGAAGACGGAACAAUCCUUCGUGUUGAUGAUUUAGCAAUUUCACUAAAGAAUCCACAGCAGUACUUCAUUGCACUCAGAGAUCCAGAUGCAGUUUAUGAUAACAAACCUAUUUCUUACCACAUGACAUAUGACUGUCUUAAGAUUUAUAAUUAA